AUGACCAGCACGUCGCCGGUCGCUCAACCUGAGUCGAUUGUAUCAGCAUUGGCAUCUGAUUCUGCUCAACAUGUGCUUGAGUUUCCUCCGCAAGCCUCAGACGAUGACUUUGCCAAAGCACUUGAGACGAAUUAUCAAAGCAAGAAGCUUCGGGCAGCCUGUACGCAGCUAGGCCUGAACCCUCGGGCUGAUCCGAUGAUGGACCAUAAAAAUGGGUACAUUAAAUUACUGACCCAGUACCGACGCGCGCUGCAGCGGGGCGAGGUUUUUUCCGGUUACCCUCAAAAACCGACGACAAAACGGACAAUCUCCUUACGGACGAGGGGAGGCAGUAGUCGGGCCAAGCAUUAUGGGUUCAGAUUGAUUAAUGUGGUGUUCAGUCGUGGUUUUAUUGGACGAAUUCACGAGUCCGGUAUUUUGCUCUUAUUACGAGGGAAGGAGGUAAAAAAGGGUACAGACGGUCGAUCGGAAUACUGGAAAGAUGUUGCGACGGCGUAUACGACGGAGGAUGCUGAAUAUGAUCAAAUUACCGGUUCAAGUGGCCGGUAUGACGGUAUCGAUCCGACCCUGGCACCGCAGUAUUCGUCGGUGAAACUCUGUUCAAUUUGGAAGGAUAUUACAGCUCGGUACAAGGCGAGUUUGGCUCGUUGGAAGCAGUUGCGGACGUCCGACGAUGUCGGAUUUGCCGAUUUUUGUAGUGACUUGGAUGUGGUGUACCUGUACGAGAAGCUUCAGAUGGAAAUGGACCAAGUGGAUUCAGAAGAGCUGCGGCCUUCGAAACGAGCACGAACCGGGGACGGCGUUGAGGAACGAGAAACGGAUGGAGCUGAUGCUGUCAACUUGGACGCGGAGGAGCGCAUGAUGGAGCGUGGCAACUUGUCAGAACCGUCUGAAACUAGUCAAACGCUUUCUCGCUGUGCAGCUAUGCGACAGUUUGUUCCAGCCAAUAAUGAGGGACGUUCGCGUCUUGGUACGUAUGAUGGAGUGAUUUACUCGUCGCAAGCGGUGCGCGACACGACGUCAGCAAUCGAAGCGUUGAAGCGCAGCAGUUUCGAUCGCACUGUCAUUGCUCAGGCUGAAGAAAGUAUGGAAGCGCUCGUACAGGUCUGGCUUCGAGAGUUGGCAAAGGUUAGACAAUCAGGAGCGCGCUAA